AUGUCGCUGGCAGGCCAAAUUGCAAUUGUUACUGGAGCAUCGAGAGGAAUUGGACGUGGAAUUGCUCUCCAGCUUGGAAAAGCAGGAGCUACCGUAUACAUCACUGGUCGCAAGCCAGAAGAAAGUUUGAACUCGAAAAUUGGAUUAUCGGGACUUGAGAAAACAGCAGAAGAAAUCACCGAACGCGGCGGUAAAGGAAUUGCUCGAUAUGUGGAUCAUUCGAACAUGGAUGAAGUGAAGAAUUUCUUCGAACAAAUUGAACGCGAUCAUUCCGGACAACUUGAUAUUCUCGUUAACAAUGCUUAUCAGGCAGUUAAUGCGAUUGCUGACAACAUUGGGAAACCAUUUUAUGAAACCGACCCUGAAAUUUGGGAUAUCGUGAAUAAUGUUGGAUUGAGAAAUCAUUAUUAUUGCUCCGUAUAUGCUGCCCGACUCAUGGCUGCUCGUAACAAGGGUCUCAUUGUAAAUGUGAGCUCUGCAGGUGGAUUGCGAUAUUUGUUCAAUGUUGCGUAUGGUGUGGGAAAACAAGCAUUGGAUCGCCUUUCGUCUGAUAUGGCGAUUGAGCUUAAAAAAAAAAAUGUUUGUGUCGUUUCUCUUUGGCCAGGAGCUGUUCGAACCGAGCUUACUCAGACCUUAUUCAAAGACAAGACCGAUCAUAAGAACGCCAUGAUAUUUGCGAAUGGGGAAACUGUCGAGUAUCCAGGAAUAGCAGUGGCCGCACUGGCCGCGGAUCCCCGCAGAAUGGAUAAAACUGGCAGAAUACUUGUAACUGAAGAUCUUGGAAAUGAAUACGGCUUCAAGGACAUCGAUGGAUUGACCCCACCGAAUAUGAGAAGUGUCAGCUUCAUUCUUGAGCAUCUCGGAUGGUCAAAUACGGCCAGUUUUGUCCCGAAGUGGAUCAAACUGCCGGGAUGGCUUAUCUGGGCAGGAAACAGCAGAUUGUAA